CAUCUCCGGCGAUUUCUAUUUGUGCAACAGCCAUUCGCGAGGUCCUCAGCGGCGAGCCAACAACAACUCCUCCACAAGCCCAUCUCCGCCCCGACGACCCUUUCUCCCGGUGAGUUCUAUUCCAGUCACGCAAGUCUAGACGACCAUCUCCUCAGGCCGCCGUCCGAGCCCUGUUGUGAAUUUCCAGCUACUGUAUUCCAUCUGCGGGUCUUCCCGUACUGUCCCGAGGCACCGCUCAUGGUCGUUGUUCGUCACUUUGUUCGCGAGACCCCGCUCAUGCAUGCCCGUGCUGAGAGACGUGAGGUCAACUGCAGUGGCCGACCGUUGACUCGCACGGGAAAGCGCAUUAAAUUGAGAACUGAGUAUCAAGGUGACUCUCCUAUUGAAGAAGAUGAUAGUGAUGUGGACGUACUGAACUUUCUCAUCCUUGGGGACAAGGAAAGUCUUGAAGAGGAGGGGAAUGAUACGGGAUUGGUAAUCGAGCCUGUAGAAUAUGAAGAAUGGUCGGGCAUAACCAAUAGGCGAAUAGGCGGGAGGCGCGCAUCGGGUGGUGAUGCGCGGGCGAUGGGCGUACACGGGCGCGCGAAGGAAACGCACACGGGUGGUGUCCGCAACCUAGCAGGCGAAGGAAUGGCAGGCGCGCGACAACACGCGCGCGAGAAGGUCGGCUGGAAAGGGGCACGCAAGAUAGCGCGUGGGUGUGGUGCAGGCGCGGGAGUCCUACAUCGCGAAGGCAUAGGCGUGCUGGGCGCAUACGCGCGCAAGGGCGGCAGCGAAGAAAUAGCGCGCAUGAUGGCGCACGCGUGGUGGGCAUAUGCGCGAAGCCUAGUACGCGCAGGACUAGGCGAGCGUGAGGCGGUGCACGCGCCGACCUUCAAUGCGCGACCACCCGGGCCUGUAGUCAGGCGGCUAUCACCCGAGGAAGUCAAGCGUCGACGAGAGAAGGGCCUAUGUUUCAAAUAUGAGGAGAAAUUUACACCAGGUCAUCAGUGUAAACAAGCUUUUGUGAUUGAAGUUGCUAAUACUGAUGAGGAAGGAUCUGAGGUCGAGGAGGAACCACAUCAGGAGGAUGAGGUUGAG